AAUGGGAUUUUGUUCGAAGAGGAAGCAUUUUGCUAUGGGAAGGGAGAAAUGGCGCUACCCUUACUCAGAUGGAGCUGUAGGAGACCUGUGGGUUUGAUUUCAUCUUUGAAAUUAAGUAAGUUUAUACUGAAUAAACAUGUAAACACAAGUCUAGCUUCAUUACCGCGUUCAGUAACCGGAGUCAGGCACUGCAGCUCGGACGGUGAGGGGCGCAGACAUAACCAGAAGGUUGUAGUGGUGGGGAUCCCGAACCCCUUCAUCUGGGUGCGCACUCGCAUCUAUUUCUUCCUCAUCCGAGCUUACUUCGAUCAGGAUUUCAGCAUCGAGGAUUUCACUGAUGGAGCCAAACAGGCAUUUUCACAUGUAUCAAAGCUGCUGUCUCAGUGUCAGUUUGAAGCACUUGAAGGCCUUGUCGCCAAAGACCUUAUAGGCAAACUGGAAGAGAAAUGUGCAGAUCUUUCUCUGAGCCACAAAAAAGCACUCUCAGCUGAGCCAGACGAAAUCAUGUAUACAACACCAGGGGAUGUCGGCUUCUACUAUGACAACGAUGGAAGAAAGUUUGUCAGUAUUUUGAUGAGAUUCUGGUACUUGACCAGUUCCCGGCUGCCAGAGGAUACAAUGGAGGGAGCACGCAUCUUCCAGAUGGCUGUCGGUGCAAAUGGGCAGAAGCCGGAGACCAAGAGACUACUUACGGCCAAUUAUGAAUUUCAGAGGGAGUUCACCAAAGGAGUAACACCAGACUGGACCAUCACUAGAAUAGAGCACUCCAAACUGCUUGACUAAUUUUCAGACAUCAACCCUGAGCUAAAAUGCUGCUGUUUAUUAGUUAGUGGUGCACCAGUUUAACUUAUAGCAUUUUCUUUUCAGUACUGACACAGGAUCUAAUGCAUAUUAAAUACUGACAUCCUCCCGGUAACCUGCCUGCAACUUUUUGUUGCCAAAUUACUCACAGACUUGAUUUUGACUUGCUUUAGGACCAACUAAAUCAAAUCUAAAUCGAAUCACUGUCACCCCUAAAACAGAUUCUGUAUUUGGUGCUUCUCUACUAACUUUAUUCAUUUCUUCCUUUUAUUGGUGCCACCCUUUUUAUUCAUUAAAAAUAAUCUGUGCUGUAAAAUCCAAAUGUAUUCCUGUUAAAUAUAAGGUUAAUAUAAAUAAAAAUGAUUGUUUAUAAUAA